AUGAGAAUCGAAGACCUCGCAAAGGCGGUGAGAAGGAAGAAUUUUGGGGAAUUAUGAGUGAGAUUUGUUCAGAGCCAAAUGGGUAUGGAGCCCCCAGUGAAGAAAAAAGGCUAUGACGACGUCGUGCUCAGCGAUAUCAGUGAGGAUAGCGAAAAAAGACCGGUUUGUUUUGGACUUACAGCUAGUAUAUGAAAGACGCUAAAGGGAUCUUUAUAGGGGUUUGGGGAAAAAACAGCCCCUAUAGGGACAAAAUCGUGUUUCCUGGAAAGCUAGAAUUUAGGUGAUCACUAUAGGAUUUUAGGGUCUGACCCGUGAGUCCCUAAAGCUUGUCCAAUUCAGCCUUUUUGAUAAUUCUUAUUCAAAAAACACCUAUUUAUAAAGAUUUUGCAUGCAUUUUCAUGCACAACCAUUAAGAGCCCCCAAUAUUUAUCCUAUAGGGGCCACUCUAGCAUUUAUGAGAAGAACGACAUUUUUAUUUCCGAAGAAUACGGUAUGUUAAAGUCCGCAUUUUGAGUUGUUCCCUUCGUGUGUUUGUACUUUUAUUGCGUAGAGUUUCCAAGUUUUCUAUUUACUUUUCGAUUUUCAUCGAAAUGGAUUAUAACGACAUUAAAAAGAUGGAAUACGUCAAACAUCCAUUCUGAUUCAUGAGAAUAAAAUUAAAAAAUUUGAAAAAAAAAACGCGAGUUUUACGACGGACGUCAAAAGUGCAAACACACGAAGGGAACAACUCAGAAUGCAGAUUUUUACAUACCGUAAUUUUCGGAAGUUUGAAAUUCGCUUUUUGUCGUAUCACUAAUUUUUUUAUGGUUACAGUAUGACAAAGAGCUACUGUAAGAACGUUCGAGAGAGCGAAAUCAUAAAAAAUUGGUUGAAAAUGUGGCUUAAAAGAAAAAAAAACCAAAAGAAACGCUGACAAGGAACGUGAACGCCUACAGACUGAGAUCUCCACAACAAUUCCCACUUCCAAUGAUGUUUUUUUUUGGCUUUUUGGCCAGGAAACCUCGCGAAACCAUUAGUUAUAAUGACAUAUUCGUGCAGCAAACCCAUAAUCUUGUUUCGAAUUCCAACUUUUUCCCGUUUCCCAUUGACUUUUAUCUAAAAUGAAGAAAUACUUGGUGAACUUUUUGGAAAUGUUUUGCAGGGCGGAAAAUUUUUGGAAGCUAAUCAACGUUUUUAGAUUAGGUCUAUAAAACUCUGAAAAACGACUCAUAAUAAUAAUAAUAAAUCAGGAGGACGUCUGAAGUUCAGACUCUGAACCUCUCUAUUUCGCACACUAUUUCGCUAGCAAGACCUUUUUUGGGUGGCUGUUAAGAUACUUAAGAUUGAUUUUGAAAAAAAGUUGACUUUUUUUGAAAAAUUUUUUUCUUACUGGUUGGGACCGCUAAGCCCCGCCCCUUUUUGAGAUAGAAGAUUUGCGUUUUUUUCUGGUAAUUUAUCUUUGCAGUACCCUUACAAACGCAAUAUUCCAUCAUAUUAGAAGAAAAUUGGUGAAAAUUUAAAGAAAACCUUCUUUUUUCAUUUAAUUUACUUUUUAAUCAUUCCGGAUGCGUACCAGCGGAGUGUCGUACAAAAAACUAAAACGAUUUUUUUGUAUCGCCCUUCCAGUUUUUCAGCACUUUUUUGAACUUUCGAGGUCCAUUUUAAACUUGGAAAGUAACUGGUCUCAAGAAAAUGGUAAAAAGGAAGAUUAUAUUAGAGAAAGAGAGAGUACAGACAUGUCAGCUUUUUUCAAAAAUGAGCUUUCGGAUAUUACAACAAAAUCAAAAAAUAAGAAAACUUGAAGCAAAAGUCGAGAGAUGGGAAAGAAGCCCGAAAGAAGAGGUCCAUGGGUAAAGACAAGACAAGGUCGGGAACUCCGAGAGAACCGAAGAAGAUGAGCCAAGAACCUUCGCCUCCACAUUCGUUCGACGCCAGGCCUCCGUCUGACCCCAAGGAGUUCAAAGAAGUAAAAAUGGAACUGAAAAGGCCAAUCGCUGACAGAAAAGUAACCAAGCAGGUACGGUUUCUGGAGCUUUUUCGGAAAGUUUUGAAAAGUUAUAGCUUAUUCUUAUGCAGUUCAAAUGCUAUAGUCGCAAAACUAUCUGAGCGAUUUUUUGACAGAAAAAGAAGCUAUGAUUUGGAAAAUUAGGCCUCGGCUCUUUUUAUUAACUUCUUUUAAAAAAUUGAAUAGAAGAUAGCAUUUUUCCAAUUUUUUUCCUAAAAAUAAAAUAAUGAACGACUGUGAAUAUGUAUCAAAUCUAUUAUAAAACUUCAAAAAAAUGCUUAAAAUUUGAGUUUAUGAAAAUUAAAAAAAUUGAAACUAUAGAAAUGAGCAAAAUGGGACAGAGAUGUGACCGAACUUUCCAAAUAAAAUUUUCAUUUUUUGGGGAAAAAUCGUUUCGCGCUACAGUAACAUGUUCUCAGUACAGUUUCGGCGGGAAAAGAAUUCAAGAAAAGAGCCAUCAUUUGGAAAAUCAGGCCUUUAUGCUUGCCCCAUGAUCUUCCAAAAAUCAAUUUUUUGAAAAAAAUUUUGAUUAUGAUGAUCAGAACAGUUUAUAGAAAUCACGUUGAAAAUCAAUUUUCUCUCAAAUUUAUUGACCAAAAUUAACAAAAAAAAGGGGUUUUUUCAUAAAUCUGGCUUGUUAGAACCAAAUUUUACGGACAAAACUAUUAAUCGUAGGUUUUAAAAAAAUCUGAAUCGCUUAUCUUUUUUUCAACAGAUAGAACGUUUGCUUCCAUCGGAAAAUAAUGGAAUUAAGCCCGAGAAACACGAAAAUGGGGGACACGCUUUGGGUCCACCCACGCAACAUACGCACAUGGAAAAAGGCCGACAUUCGUCUGAAAAGGGUGAUUUUUAUUAAUUUUCUGGGAUCUGUUCUGAAAUGGUUCUGCGCUACGAUGCAUGAGUAAAUUUUGAAAAAUACUCUUGAAAAUUAAAAAAACUGCAUGGUUUGAAAAAAUUUUUCAGUUCUUGAGUAUACCUAAAUGUUCUGAAAUUUUCUGUUUUUCUAAAUUCUGAUUGCACGGCAUGAUGGUCUGUGGGAAGAUGAGUGAGGCGUCAAAGUUUCUGAAUUUACAUAAAAAGUAAGUUCGCGCUCCGGAUAAUGACGUCAUUCUACGUCACAAAUUACACUGAGUAUUCAACGUUAAUAUGUUGUUUGUUCGAUCGCUUUUGGCUGCGUACUUGAGAUGUGAAUUUUUGCGCCAAGAUAUUUUUGAUGUCCGUUUGUGAACGCCGUGAUUGAUAAAACUCCUGAAGUUGUUGAAAGAUUUGGAGCUUAAAAAUAAAAUAAAACAAUCAUAAAAAGCUUCAAAUAACCAUAUUUUCUCGAUAAAAAGGUAUUGGGUGGUUUUUUUUCGUCUGAAUGAAGACUAAAAAAAAUCUUUUAAAAAGAAGUAAAAAAUUCUUUUUUUUUCAAUUUUUGCUUCAACCUUGGUCCUCGGUAAUGAAAACUUGACGCGCUUCGGACGUUCUAGGGAUCACUUAAGAGUACUGACGCUACUAAAGCGGUCACUUGAAAUCCUCAGAAACGUCCGGAGCACGUCCGUUUCUCGUUACCAAUUUCCGAGCAUUUAUUGACAUCACCGCAAAGUUAUCGAUAGGGCGCGUUUGAAAAAAAAAAAGAUUUUUUCAACUUUUUUUUACAUCACCACAAAUUCUCGCUCAGUAUGGGAAAUACAAAAAACUCAGUUAUUCAUAUUUUUUUUCAAAAAAAUUCAUAUUUUCAAAAGCUCCAGAUAAAGAGAAGAGCCCAUUUUCCAGACAAAAGAUUCUUCACAGAGAGCUCACCCCAAGGACUUCAAAACAGGGAAACGAGAGCGAAGAAAAAGAAGGGCUGCUGCACGAUUCUCUGA